AUGCAGAGAGGAAGGGGAAGGCAAAGAGGAAGGGGAAGAAGAAGGGGAAGGCAGAGAAGAAGGGGAAGGCAGCGAGGAAGGGGAAGGCAGAAGGGGAAGGCAGAGAAGAAGGGGAAGGCAGCGAGGAAGGGGAAGGCAGCGAGGAAGGGGAAGGCAGCGAGGAAGGGGAAGGCAGAGAAGAAGGGGAAGGCAGAGAAGAAGGGGAAGAAGGGGAAGGCAGAGAAGAAGGGGAAGGCAGAGAAGAAGGGGAAGGCAGAGAAGAAGGGGAAGAAGAAGGCAGAGAGGAAGGGGAAGGCAGAGAAGAAGGGGAAGGCAGAGAAGAAGGGGAAGGCAGAGAAGAAGGGGAAGGCAGCGAGGAAGGGGAAGGCAGCGAGGAAGGAGAAGGCAGCGAAGAAGGGGAAGGCAGAGAGGAAGGGGAAGGCAGCGGGGAAGGGGAAGGCAGCGAGGAAGGGGAAGGCAGAGAGGAAGGGGAAGAAGAAGGGGAAGGCAGAGAAGAAGGGGAAGGCAGAGAAGAAGGGGAAGGCAGAGAAGAAGGGGAAGGCAGAGAAGAAGGGGAAGGCAGCGAGGAAGGGGAAGGCAGAGAAGAAGGGGAAGGCAGAGAAGAAGGGGAAGGCAGAGAAGAAGGGGCAGGCAGAGAAGAAGGGGAAGAAGGGGAAGGCAGAGAGGAAGGGGAAGGCAGAGAGGAAGGGGAAGGCAGAGAGGAAGGGGAAGGCAGAGAAGGAAGGGGAAGUUCGCUGCAGCUAG